GUUCAGUGCGUAGACACGAGGCGGGGGUGGAGGCGACGGUUCCUCCAGUUGGAGGGUCGCUCCCGCAGCAGCUUCAUCAGAAACCUAGCUUCAGAAACCGCUAGCUGGAGAACCGCUAUGCUAAUAUACACACGGCAGCUGGCGUUUUGUUUCGCUCCGUUAAAUACACUUAUUCCACAAAGACCGGUCUUUCUGGAACUGUGAAAAAGGAGCGAAAGAGAAUUAACUCUAAGACACAAAGACCGGUCGUGUCCGACUAAUAUUCUCGCUGGAACUCUACAGAAAUGCCUGAGGUUCGAGAUCUGUCUGAAGCUUUGCCAGAGAUGCCCAUGGAUCCAAUCACAGGAGUGGGAGUAGUAGCCUCCAGGAACAGGGCACCCACUGGAUAUGAUGUGGUCUCUACAACAACAGAUGGCCUGGAUGCUGACCUGUGGAAAGAUGGCCUUUUCAAAUCCAAAGUGACUCGCUACCUCUGCUUCACCAGAGUCUUUUCUAAAGAAAAUAGUCAUUUAGGCAAUGUUCUUGUGGACAUGAAGCUGAUAGACAUAAAAGACACUCUGCCUGUGGGCUUCAUCCCAAUCCAGGAGACUGUUGACACUCAGGAACAGGCCUUUAGGAAGAGGAGACUCUGCAUUAAAUUCAUCCCAAGGGAUUCCACAGAGGCAGCCAUCUGUGACAUCCGCAUUCUGGGACGCUCGAAACAGGCUCCUCCACAAUAUACAUUUAUAGGGGAGCUGAACAACAUGGGGAUCUGGUAUCGAAUGGGGAACGUCCCUCGGGCCCAGGACUCCACACACACACCUAGUACCAACAACAUCCAGAAUUUGAACUCCUCCUCCAGCUCAGUGCCAGUCGCACCAGCUCCUAUGCUCAAGCAUAUUUCAAUGACGCUACCAGCCAGCUUCAGAGGGAAAAACACCACAAGACCAGACUAUGAACACCAGAACUCCAACCUCUAUGCGAUUUCAGCAAUGGACGGAGUGCCUUUCAUGAUUUCUGAGAAGUUUGCAUGUGCUUCAUCUGAUCUGCAGCAGGUGGAUCUGAUGGGCAUCACAAUAAAGUCAGUGGCUGAUAUUGAGAAAGAAUAUGAUUACAGCUUCCGUACAGAGCACAGUGCAGCUGCUCGCCUUCCUCCCAGUCCCACACGGACCUCCCUGAGCUCGGAAGCCUGAACACCUUCUCCUAACUCUAGUUUGUCAACAUUCUCACCUAUAACAUCCAGCUGAGGAGAUCUGCACACAACUACUGGCUUGCCUACAAGGGACAAUGACAAAAAAACAAAAAAUAAAAAUCUUGUGGUCUGUCUGUGUCAUGAACUGAAUGGUCUUAAAGAAACCACUAUGUACAGUGUUGAUGAGCUGAGGAACUGGACAAAAUGCUCCUUUCCUGCUCUAAGAAUGACCACAAUGACUACAACCCUUCUGACUGACAAGAUAAAAGGAAACACUAUUCUGACGAAGGAAGACGCCUUUUAGGACCAUUUUAGAGUCUGUCAGCAUGUCAGCAUGUGAGCCUUCAUUUCUUUGUGACCCACUACAAUGCAAAUUAUCUUUAUUUGUCUGUUGAAAACAUAAAAAGAAAAAUGGGAUUUUAUUUUCAGCUUGUACUGUUGUUGUUUAUGGACAGCGAUUUUCUAGAUGUUACAGUUGCAUAGUGUUCUGAUGUGUACUUGCUGUUUGCUGUCUCUGUACAUGUUACAUAUAAAACCACUGUUAUAGGUUCAUGAUUAUUCACCUCUGACUGCUCGAUAGAGUUGUAACGACUCUUGAGACUAAAAUGGCACAUGUCCACAGUUUUAUAUGUUGGAUUCUCUCACAUAUAAUUUGGCAUCCUUUCUGCCCCCUCUUCUUGUAGUAAGAGGAACUGAACUGUCUCUUGCCUUUGUGGACUGACUAACAAUAUGUCCAUAGUUGUAUUAGCAUUCUGUCAGUCGCUCCAUUGUUUUGAGUGUAGAUCAUUUGUGUUAUUAGACAUUCAGGGGCAAUAACGACUUUAGGUCAUGUUUUUAAAAGCCCUUCACCUAAAUCUAAUUUCUAACUUGGAACUGUGGAUUUGGAAAAUUGUUACACCGCUACUGCUGGACUCCAUAUAGAACUCCUCAUUUAUGUUCAUGCCUCCAUUUGGCAGAUACAGCCUAAGUGAAAAUGGACGGCUCUAAUGUGUAUUUUGUUUUACUGGUUGGUUGCACACUUUUUCCCUGUUUGCUGUUACAAAGCCCCUGGAGGCUUCUUGAGAAAUGCUGACAUAAUCAUAAGUGACAGCGUUAUUGUAGCAUCUCUCUUUAUACUGGAGCCACAGAAAUGGAUGUGAGUCAUUCAGCAAGUCAUUUGACAACACUGAGCCUAGAGGUUUGUCUAUUAUUAGUAUUAGUAUAAACAGUGUAUGUUGUUAGUGUGCUAACUGUGUUGACUAAUGUUUAUAGCUAUACAUUUAAGUUCAGAUUCAUCCUCCCCUACUAUUGUUUGCAGCUAUAUCAUGCUUGUGCCAUGUAGAUUUUCAUUACAUCUGGAUAAGUCGACCAUUUUGUGAUUUUUAUUUUAUUUUUGAGUUUUGGGUUUAACAAUUAUUGACACAUUUGACAGGUGGCAUAACCAGUUUUGUUUGAAGGACCUUACUUUGUAUUGGUCUGACUAUAAGUACUCAACAUCCCAGAAUCCCAUUGUCCGCAACCGCUUGAAAAAUUAUUCUUUCUAAAUAGAAGACUGUGUUUGGUUCACCUGCUCCUACACGUCCUUGUACACAUCAGUAUGAUCACAAGUUCACAGUCACAAAUUUGCCAGAAUAAACUGAAUCAACUUGAUGCAAUUAUUGAUGUAGAAGCUCACGUCUCAGCAGAUCAAGGAUUUAUUUGUGUGUAUUGUUUUUCUUGGUAAAUAUACAGUGUACCACAUGGCAUUUCUUAGUUUUACUACUUGAUUUGUACUGUGAUUACUUACAGAAUAUUGCAGUGUGAUACCUAGCCCUACUUUUUAUAUUAUAAGAUCUAUCUUUACUGUUUAAACUAACUUUCUAUGUGUGAUGUUGAACAAGGGCAAAUUGUUUAUCGUAUUUGAACAAAAGCAAAGUAGUAAAGCCAAAAGUCUAAUGUAUUUGAGUUUUAAUAGUAACUUGUCUGGUUGGGGGUCAAAUUGAGUUUAUAUUGCAUGUUUAUUUUUCAUUCAUUCAUUCAUUCAUUCUAAAUUGAACUUGUUGGUUAAAAAAUCAUUAGCUUGAAUAAGAGAUAGUUUGUUUAAUGAUCACUUUCAGUAUUUUUCUUUUUUAAUCAGUUUGACAUGAGAUCGCUCAUCAGAAUCACUAGAAUCACUAGAGAUCAGUUCCAACAGUGACUAGUCUGUAUGACAUGUCCAAAAACAUUGUUCUUCCUGAAAUACAAACGUCAUAUAACAACGCUGGUAAAUCACUAA